AUGGAGCAACUGACACCCCUCCCACGGCUGGGGGACCCCAGAGCCAUGGAGCCAUGGGCCCUGCCCGCCUGGCAGAGCUGGACUCCGGGCCAGGGGCGCAAACCUGGAGGCGCAAGCCCAAGCAUCGCUGAUACUCCGGCAGCUCUGCAGGGUGGAGGGCUGAGGCCCGAGGAGAGCUCUGAGCCUGAGGGAGCCCAGAGCCCCGGGGCUAUGGGGGGCAUUGACACCGAACGAACCAAAACUGGGCUGCCCGGCCUGAGGCACCAAGCAGCGAGCUCCAGACCCAGCUGCCCGAGGCUGGAGGACGAGGAGGUGGAGGCUCUCCCUAAGGGCAAGCUGAACAUGGGCUGCGGGGACAGGCCCAAUCCGGAGCUGCUGAGGGCCCUGGGAGAGCUGCAGCAGCGCUGUGCCAUGCUUAAGGAGGAAAAUCAGAUGCUGAGGAAGAGCAGCUUCCCUGAGACAGAGGAGAAGGUGCGGAGGCUGAAGCGGAAGAAUGCCCAGCUGGCGGUCAUUGCCAAGCGCCUGGAGGAGAGGGCCCGGAAGCUGCAGGAGACUAACCUGAAGGUGGUGAGCGCCCCUGUGCCCCGACCUGGGGCCAGCUUGGAGCUGUGCCGGAAGGCCCUGGCCCAUCAGCGAGCCCGGGACCUCAAUGAGACAGCCAGCGCCCUGCUCGCUAAGGACAAGCAGAUCGCUGCCUUGCAGCGGGAAUGCAGGGAGCUGCAGGCCAGGCUCACCCUGGCUGGCAAGGAGGGCCCCCAGUGGCUCCACGUGCGGGACUUCGACCGGCUGCUGCGCGAGUCCCAGCGGGAGGUGCUGCGGCUGCAGAGGCAGAUCGCCCUGCGCAACCAGCAGGAGCCGUCGGCGCCGCCCCGGCCCCCAGGCCCCGCGGCCCCGGCCAGAGUAGGGGCGCCCGCCCCUGGGGCUCCGGGAGAGGCCACGGCCCAGGAGGAUGUGGAGAACCCACCCGUGGUCCUAGGGGAGCCCGAGAGACAGCAGAGAGUGCAGCAGCUGGAGUCAGAGCUCAGCAAGAAGCGAAAGAAAUGUGAGAGCCUGGAACAGGAAGCCCGGAAAAAGCAGAGGCGAUGUGAAGAGCUGGAACUGCAGCUGAGAGAAGCCCAGAAUGAGAAUGCCCGCCUCGUGGAGGAGAACUCUCGGCUCAGUGGGAGAGCCACAGAAAAGGAGCAGGUGGAGUGGGAGAAUGCAGAGCUGAGGGGCCAGCUCCUGGGGGUGACGCAGGAGAGGGACUCAGCUCUUCGCAAGAGCCAGGGCCUGCAGAGCAAGCUGGAGAGCCUGGAGCAGGUGCUGAAGCACAUGCGGGAGGUGGCCCAGCGGAGGCAGCAGCUGGAGGUGGAGCAUGAGCAGGCCCGGCUCAGCCUGCAGGAGAAGCAGGAGGAGGUCCGGAGGCUGCAGCAGGCCCAGGCAGAAGCCAAGAGGGAACAUGAAGGGGCCGUGCAGCUGCUGGAGUCGACCCUGGAUUCCAUGCAGGUCCGGGUUCGAGAGCUGGAGGAGCAGUGCCGCACCCAAACAGAGCGCUUCAGCCUCCUGGCACAGGAGCUCCAGGCCUUCCGCCUGCACCCUGGCCCCUUGGAUCUACUCACCUCUGCCCUGGGCUACAGUACCCUUGGGGACCACCCCCCACCCCCCUGCUGCUGCUCUACUCCCCAGCCCUGCCUGGGAUCCGGCCCCAAAGACCUUGAUCUCCCUCCGGGCUCCCCUGGGCGCUGCACCCCAAAGUCUUCUGAGCCUGCCCCUGCCACUGUUACCGGGGUCCCUCGAAGGACGGCCAAGAAGGCAGAGUCCCUCUCCAACUCCUCUCGCUCUGAAUCCAUCCACAACAGCCCCAAGUCAUGCCCCACGCCCGAGGUGGACACUGCCAGUGAGGUGGAAGAGCUGGAGGCAGACAGUGUCUCCCUGCUCCCAGCGGCACCCGAGGGCAGCCGGGGAGGAGCCAGGAUCCAGGUCUUCCUAGCGCGCUAUAGCUACAACCCGUUCGAGGGCCCCAAUGAGAACCCAGAGGCGGAGCUUCCUCUUACUGCUGGCGAGUACAUCUACAUCUAUGGCAACAUGGAUGAGGAUGGCUUUUUUGAAGGGGAGCUCAUGGAUGGCCGAAGGGGCCUGGUCCCUUCCAAUUUUGUAGAGCGUGUGUCCGACGAUGACCUCCUGACCUCCCUCCCUCCGGAGCUGGCCGAUCUGUCCCACAGCUCGGGCCCUGAACUCAGUUUCCUGAGUGGAGGUGGGGGCGGCAGCAGCAGCGGGGGCCACAGCCGGCCCAGACCCGAGGACGAGGCUACAGGGGACGAGCUCAGUCUGAGCCCCCAGCCUGAGGGCCCGGGCGGGCCCCCGGCUGUGCCUUACCCCCGCAGUCUGGUGGUCCUCAGGCAGCUGGCCCACAGUGUGGUGCUGGCCUGGGAGCCACCUCCUGAGCGAGUGGAGCUACGUGGCUACCACAUCGGCGUGAAUGGGGAGCUGCGUCAGGCCCUGGGGCCAGGGGUGCCCCCCAAGGCUGUACUCGAGAACCUGGACCUGCGGGCUGGGCCUGUCCGUGUUUCUGUGCAGGCCCUGACCAGCCAGGGCAGCUCCGACCCUCUGCGUUGUUGCUUGGCGGUGGGUACCCGAGCCAGGGUGGGACCUAGCCAGCUGCGGGUCCGUCGACUGACGGCCACGUCUGCUGAGAUCACCUGGGUGCCCGGCAAUAGCAACUUGGCCCAUGCCGUCUACCUCAAUGGGGAAGAGUGCCCCCCUGCCCGCCCCAGCACCUACUGGGCCACCUUCUGCCACCUGCGGCCCGGUACCCUCUAUCAGGCCCGAGUAGAGGCUCAGCUCCCACCUCGAGAGUCCUGGGAACCAGGCUGGGAGAGGCCGGAGCAGCGGGCCGCCACCCUGCAGUUCACCACACUCCCUGCAGGCCCGCCUGAUGCCCCCCUGGAUGUGCAGAUUGAGCUGGGACCCUCCCCCGGAGUCCUGAUCAUCAGCUGGCUUCCAGUAACAAUCGACGCUGCUGGCACCUCCAAUGGCGUCCGGGUCACAGGCUAUGCCAUCUAUGCUGAUGGGCAGAAGAUCAUGGAGGUGGCCUCGCCCACGGCAGGCAGUGUGCUGGUGGAGCUGUCCCAGCUGCGGCUGCUGCAGGUGUGCUGCCAGGUGGCCGUGCGCACCAUGUCGCCCCAUGGCGAGUCGGCCGACUCCAUUCCAGCUCCUGUCCCCCCGGCCCUGGUGGCAGCCUGCCUGCCAGCCACGGUCUCCUGCUCCUCACCACGGCCAGGCUCCGAGGCCAGACCACCCCUUGCUCCGGCCUCCCCCGGGCCUGGAGACCCCAGCUCUCCCCUCCGGCGCCCUGACCCCCAUGGAACUCGAGAGCCCCCCGGGGGUCCCCCUGCCAGAGAGACACUAAAAGGAUCCCACGAGGAUCCCCCAGCACCUUGCUCGCAGGAGGAGGCUGGGGCAGCUGUGCUGGGUGCCUCAGAGGACGGGAGGGCCAGCGAGCCCACCAUGGGCGACAGAGCUCCCGACCCUGCAGCCUCGCCACUGGCCCAGGAAGAGGCUCUCCCAGCACCCUGCUCCACCCAGGGAGCCCUGGCCCAGCAGGUGCCCUGUGCUGAGGCCUGCCGUGGAGGAGACUCAGGGUCUGGGCUAAGGCCCAGGGCUGAGAGGGAGGACGCAGCAGAGCUCGGGGGCCGUCUGGUGAACUCCCUUGUGGACCAUGGCCGCAACUCAGAUCUCUCAGACAUUCAAGAAGAGGAGGAGGAGGAGGAAGAGGAGCUGGGUUCCAGGACUUGUUCUUUCCAGAAGCAGGUUGUUGGCCACAGCAUCAGGGAGAAUGGGGCCAAGCCCCAGCCUGACCCCUUCUGUGAGGCUGACAGCGACGAGGAGAUCUUGGAACAGAUCCUGGAGCUGCCCCUCCAGCAGUUCUGCAGCAAGAAGCUUUUUAGCAUCCCCGAGGAGGAGGAAGAGGAGGACGAGGAGGACGAGGAAGACAAGGAGAAGGAGGAGGAGGAGGAGGAAGAUGAGGAGAAGCCAGGGGCAGGCUGUUCUUCCCGAGACCCCAGCCCACCUGAGCCGGCGACGCUGGGGCUGGGCUGUGACAGUGGUCAGCCUCGAGGACCUGGCCCAUGUCCCUUGUCUCCAGAGCCCUGCAGGGCUGGGGACCGCCUGGAAGACAUGCCUGGACUAGUGGGUGGAAGCAGCCGGAGGCGAGCAAGUGGCUCCCCCGAGAAGCCCCCAAACCGCAGGCGGUCCCCAGACCCCCGUGAACACUGCAGCCGACUUCUCAGCAAUGGCGGGCCCCAGGCCCCUGGACGACCGGGCCCCUCACGGGAGAGGGGCAGCCCCCCUGUGGGCGAGGGGACCAAGGGUGUGCCAGAGGCUGCUGGGAGAGGGCGGCCGCCCCCUUCCCGGAGGUGCUCCCGGGGCCGAGCCCCAGAAUCUAGCCUGGCCAGCUGCCUCUCCCCCAAGUGCUUGGAAAUCAGCAUCGAAUAUGAUUCUGAGGAUGAGCAGGAGGCAGGCAGCGGGGGCAUCAGCAUCACCAGCUCCUGCUACCUCGGAGAUGGGGAGGCCUGGGGCACGGCCCCCGUAGGAAGGUCCAGGGGGCCUCUGAAGGCUAAUUCAGGCCCCAACCCCUACCCGCGCCUUUUGGCCUGGGAGAAGGGGGAGCCAGAGCGGAGAGGCCACAGUGCGACUGGCAGAGCCAAGGAGCCACCCUCCCGGGCAGCAGAGACCGGGGAGCCCAGAGGGCAGGACAGCUCUGGGCGGAGGGGCCCCCCGUGGAGAGGGGCCCAGGCCCCCAGGGCGUGCGCCACCGAGUUGGCCCCUUUGAGGAGCCCCCCAGAAGGAGCGCUGCUUUACCAGGACCUGCCCGUCAGGGUCUUCGUGGCUUUGUUUGACUAUGACCCUGUGUCAAUGUCGCCCAACCCUGAUGCUGGGGAAGAGGAGCUCCCCUUCCGGGAGGGCCAGAUCCUGAAGGUGUUUGGGGACAAGGAUGCCGACGGCUUCUACCGGGGCGAAGGUGGCGGCCGCAUGGGCUACAUCCCCUGCAACAUGGUGGUCGAGGUGGCCGUGGGCAGCCCCGCAGAGAGACAGCAGCUGCUCCAGCACGGCUGUCUGUCCCCGGAUGUUCUCACCGAAGGCUCAGGGAAUGUGUACUCUACAGCCCGCACAGCUGGGCCUCCCCCCAAGCCCCGCCGCUCCAAGAAAGCUGAGGCGGAAAGCCCUGCCCGACCCUGUGCAGGCCACACCCAGCACGUCUCCUCUGCCAGCCUAAAAUCUCCCCGAACCAUGGUGGCUGCAUUUGACUACAACCCUCGGGAGAGCUCCCCCAACAUGGACGUGGAGGCGGAGCUGCCCUUCCGGGCAGGGGACGUCAUCACUGUGUUUGGGGACAUGGACGAUGAUGGUUUCUACUAUGGGGAGCUCAAUGGACAGAGGGGCCUGGUUCCAUCCAACUUCCUGGAGGGCCCUGGGCCUGAGGCAAGCGACAGGGAGCCUGGGACACCCCAGGCUGAGAGCCAGAGAACGAGGAGGAGACGAGUCCAGUGCUAGAUGGAGAUAGAUAUAUAGAGAGAGAGCAACAUGACUGGGCCAGCUCAACACAAGGGCCGCCAGUGCCCAGAGGCUGGCCGUGGGCCCCUGG